UAGGCCUACUGAAUGGAAGGAAGGAAGGAAGGAAGGAAGGGGGGCUACUCUUCAGUCUUCACUUCAGUGAAACUCCACAGUCCACAGACAGUUCAGACAACAAUGUCUAAUGUCUGCCGCUGCCCAAGAGUGCCAAGACAAGUCAGUCUUUGCAAUUUCUGUCUCCAAUUACAAACUUCAGUCUGUUACAAAAUCAAGCAGUGAGACUUUGUAGUUGUACAAAAAGGGAAGUCUUUCGGAAGACAACACAGUCGCAUUAAUUAGUCAAGAAUCUCUCUUGAUUGUGCUUUGUUUGGAACUGAACGGAACUGGAAGGCGUAGAUCUAGAUCUAGUCCCGCAUCCUUGUUGCUCACCCCAGCCCCAAGGCCAAGGCGGUCCAGGUCCAGAAAGCUGCCACCAGAAUUGCAAGAUGGACCUGGUGAUGGAAGUAACGGAUGAGGAGAAUAUGCUGCAGGAGCCAGUUGUUGUUGACGAGGAGGAGGCGGCAGAAGAGGUUUAUGAUGAUAGCGACGGGGCAAGAGAAGACCUUGAACCCUGCGUGUUGACCUUCUUCCCUGGGCGCCGGAAGGCGGUAAGGGGUGGUCAGGGAGGCAUCAUGGUCCUCAACAUUGACCCAGAGUGUGACUUGGAUGAGGAACCGACGGGCCAAUGUACAGAGCAACGGCCUGGAAGAUCAGCUGCUCUGGUUCAUCAUCCUGCGAGCAAUCAAGGGCUGGCAAAAUCUGGAGCAAGGCGUGUCAGCAAUGUGAAUGUUCGUAGAGAACGGUCUUCCAGUAAACAUUCUUCUUCCUCUAUUACUCCUUCUAAAGGUAGCAGUGUAGCGCGUAUGUCCCACAAGAAGUCUGCGUAUAAGCAUGCUCAACCGAGCGGAAGCGACAAUAUCUCGACUCUGAGGAUGGCGACAGAGUCGGAGAAAAGUAUCGGAGGGAGGAAAGCAGGUCAGAGUAUUGUGUUGAAUUCUGAAAUAAGCUCACGGUUAAAUGUAAAAGCAGACCCUCAAAUAGAAAAAACAAGCAAUAGUGGACAUAAAUCUGCAAGGAAAUGUGUGACUUUGAAACAUGUGUCCAGUGCUGUGCAAGAUUUGUCAUUUGGGCCGUUGCCAGGUAUCUGUUCCUUUCUGCCAGGUCCUGUCAGCUUUCCGAUUGCUGACUCUCCUUCUGAAAAACGUCAUCCUGUGAAUGAGAAAGAGGAUUGUAAGAAGGAAGUGACAGGGAUUCUGAGCAAUCGCGGUGAAAGGGUUGAGAAAUCUAACAGGGCCAGUGGUGUUAAGCGUGUGGGUAGAACUUUAGCUGCACGCAAUCGUAUUAAUAGUUCAUACAGUAUUGAGCAGUCUUCCCCAGUGGCUUCUGGUUCCGAAGACGUACAGAUUAUAAAUGCUCAGGAUCUGUCUUUCCAGCAUAAACAAAGACGAGGCAAGAGUAAGCAAGGAAAAAGAACAAACAAUAGAAGUUUGAAAACUGGGACUGGUGUUGAACGGGCUGUAGACUGUGGCAGUGUCACGCUGCCCCAGAAGCUGGAAGGAAGUAGUGAUUGUUUUUUGCUGAUACGAGAUUCAGGUGGAAAAGAAUUGUUUGAUUCAAGAGACUACAAGGAACCUUUGUUUCUUCAAGUCUUCAAGCGUGGUACUAAGCUGUUGGUGAAUGGCGGGUCUCGUGGAGAAUCGACUAAAGACUCCGCUCAUCCAGAUGAGGGCUCAGGGUCGGAGGUUUCUAAUUGUGAAAAUGUAGAACCGAUUUCUUCUGCUGCUGAUACAGUUUUUAAAAGAGAAUUGAAACUUGUGCUAGAAGAUGUUAUGAAGAAUAAAUCGCUUUGCCCAAGAUCUAGGAAAAGUGAUCGGAAUGUCAUUGACUUUUCAGUGUGUAAUGAAUUAUUAGCGCAGAGAAGUACAAGGUCAGAUUUGUCAGAUGUGUCUGAGUCGGAUGUGUCUGAGUUUAACGUGUCUGUGGCUGGUAAACGUAGACGGGACAGCCCUGGUAUGGGCAGGGAAAGAGACAAUUGUGUCAAAAGACAAAGAAGAAGUGGUGGGGCAGUUCAUCCUCCAGGCCAUCAUUCAGUAGUCAAUGGGGGAAGAUCAAACAGUGUGAAGGGAAACAAGACAGAAAGGAGGUCUGGAAGGUGCCCCACUGACAGCAGCACCUCCAUACUCUCCAGUGGUGACGAGGAUGUUGAUGGGGCUAUGGAAGUAUGUUUUCAGACUCCUGAAAAGUUGCAAGUAAACAGAAAACUAGAGUAUGAUGCCAAAAUUUCAAAAGCAAAAAUCAGAAACGGCAAAUUAGAUGAGGAUGAUUUGCCAAAAAUAAAUUAUUUCCCCAAGCAAAAAAAGAGUUUUGAAAUAUCGCCUUCCGACGCAAGCCUCUUAGAGGGUAAGACAGCUCACGUUCUUCUGGAGAGACUGGAUGUCAGUUCUCUGGGGGUGAAUGUCGCGACAAUCUCUGUCUGUGGCUCGACUUCAUCAACUUCCUCUGCCAGUGGAGAGAAAGACUUGUACAAGGUUGACAGAUCAAAAAACACGUCCCCAGAAAGAAUUCCUAUGAAGCCAGAGAAAGUCGAUGCUCAAAAGAGAUUGUCACAUUCAAGUCUGUGUUCCAGUUCCAGUGUUCCGUGUGAUGUUCCGAGUAAGCAAGCCUGCGUUCUUCUUGAAAGAGCCAGCGUGGAUGUUUGGGAGAAGAAAACGACUGGAAAAGAGGUGUUAGAGUGGGAUGAUUGUUCCAAGGUGAUUUGUGGUCAAGACAUUGACCCUUCUUCUAAUGUCACUGCAGAUGAAGAUGUUGACUCCUCUUUGUAUGUCAAUACAGACAAUGACAUCGACGCAUCAUCAAAUGUCAAUACAGAAAGUGAUAAUGACAUCAACCCAUCAUCUAAUGUCAAAAUAGAUAACUGCAUUGACGCUUCAUCAAAUGCCACUGUAGACAAUGACAUUGACGCUUCAUCAAAUGCCACUGUAGACAAUGAGAUUGACGCUUCAUCAAAUGCUAAUGCAGGCAAUGACAUCAACGCGUCAUCUAAUGUCAAUGUAGAUAAUUGCGCUGAUGCUUUAUCAAAUUCCAACACUGACAAUGAGAUGGACGCUUCAUCAAAUGCUAAUACAGACAAUGACAUCAACAUGUCAUCUUAUGUCAAUUUAGAUAAUUGCAUUGACACUUUAUCAAAUGCCAAAACAGACAACAACAUCAACAAUGAUUCAUCAAAUGCCAAUACAGAUAACGGUAUCCACGAUUCAUCUAUUGUCAAUACAGACAAUGACAUUGAUGAUUCCUCUGUUGUCAAUACGGACAAUGACGCCGAAUUGUUUGAAGGUACAGAUGAUCUGGCUAAGGUUGAUAUGAUCAGGCCUUUGAGCUGGAUGCCUUUGACAGGUGACAGUGAUGUUAGAAACGCAUCGACUUCUUUUGAAGUGGCGGCUGUCGUUCAUGCACCAUUAUGUGGCCUGUCGGAUUCCCACGGUCCUUUGAGCGAAAAAAGUGUACUCGAAGCAAAGGAUGGUACCGAUGUAGAUUACGGUACUCACACUGAAGAUAACCGGAUGCCUGCUGUUUCUCCAAGCUCAGAUGAUUAUGGUGGGGUGCUUGAACUUGAGUACGAACUCUCCCAUAGUGAAACGGCGGUACCCGGCAGCACUCAUAUCACAGAACCAUCAGCCUGAGAGUGGCUGUGAGAGAAAAGAGUUUUAGAGUAAAACUGCAGAUCCACAAAUAUCUGAUCUGGGACCCCUUGCUGACGGGCUGGAUAUUAAUUCGAGUGAUGUUGAAAAAGAUUUGUUUCCCUUGG